CUUCUCUUAUUGGACGACCUUAGAGAAGGAAGACAAAUCGUGAACUCUUGAACAACAUCAAAUUCCACCUCAUCCAAUAUUUCAGAAAGAUCAACACAGCCUUUGAAAAUGGCAGACAAGAAGGAAAUCAACGCCAUGGAUGAUAAUGCAAAAGGCCGAGAACCACAAAUCAAAGAAAAUCAGGAUACUUCUGAAGAUGUACAGGACGAUAAGGGUGUCGUGACGCAACAACCGAGGAGCGAUGUUGGUCCCAGCGACGAUAAAGGCGACAAGGAAGGUGUCAAAAAGGAGGGCCCAAGUGUUGGGAUCGAAAUUGAUCCUACAAAUAUGGAGAGUUGCGUGUCGGCAUCGGCAGGGGUCGGCUUCAUAUCCAAGGAUUAUAGGGAUGGAGCCAUCAACGCCAAAUACGUGGGUCCUAACGUCAGCUGCGUCUCGAAUUGCUCUGAAUUCCCGACUAUCAUCACCGACUGCACGUUCGAGAUAUGCAGUGCCAACUACUUGCUCGGGAAGAUUCUUUGCAAAGUUGGUCUCGCUUUCGAUACAAAGCUGAUCUGGACCACUGCGGGUGUACAAGCAGAGGUGUUCAGUAUCGGCUUGGACACCUCGGAAGGGAUUGCGCUUGGUGCAUUGGGCAUGAAGAUUGGUCUCGCAGACAAGGAAAAGAGGGAAAAGAAAUGGGCAAAGAUGGAGCUGAAAUGGAGUAAGAAGAAAGUUGCACCAUUGCCAAGUAAUGAAGAGGUAAAUGCUGGAGAAGAGAACGCUGAAGAAGAGAAUGCUGAAUCUAAUUAG